GGAAUUGAUUAUAUAUGGUAAUUCUUAUCAAUAUCAUAAUUACUAAUUAACUUAAACUUUUAUAAAUUUGUGGUAAAUUGCAGUAGAUUUGUCUAACUCUUUGUAUAAAAAAAAUACUCAUUUUAAAAAAAUAACCUAACAAAAUGCCAACUUGGCAGUUGGCAUAGAUGAAAACAAUACGUACAUCGUUCUGAAUUGUGUGAAAAUAAGUCUGAAAUCACUAGUGUUCCCGAAAUGUUGUUAAUUACACGUCGAUCGAAAUUAUUAAGAAUUAUUGCAGUGAUAUGUAUUAUUCUACCCUUAUUAUACUUAUUAUUUGUUCGACAUGAAAGAAAACGUUUGAGUAACUAUCAAGCAGCCGAGUACAAUCAACAAUGGGUAAAACCAUUUUUAAGUGAUGGUCCAGGUAAUUACGAACCACAAGAUUUAAAACCACGGAUUGGUCCUGGUGAAAACGGACAAAAACAUAUCCUUCGAUCCGAUCAAAAAAAUGCAGCCCAAGAUUCUGAAUCAGAAUUUGGUAUGAAUAUUGCUUGUUCUGAUGAAAUUUCGUUAGAUCGAUCUAUAGUGGAUACACGUGAUCCAGAAUGCAAACGAUGGAAUUAUCCAACAAAAUUACCAUCAACAAGUGUGAUAAUAGUUUUCCAUAAUGAAGGAUGGUCAGUGUUGUUAAGAACCGUGCAUUCGGUUUUAAAUCGAUCUCCAGAACAUUCGUUGACUGAAGUGCUACUUGUGGACGAUUUUAGUGAUAAACCACAUUUGGGGAAAAAAUUAGAAGAUUAUAUUGAGAGUUUAGAUAGUCGAGUGCGUUUAAUAAGAAAUAAACAACGUGAAGGUUUAAUUCGAACAAGAUCCCGUGGUGCACAAGAAGCGAAAGGUGAAAUUAUUGUAUUUUUGGAUGCACAUUGUGAAGUGAACUUAAAUUGGUUACCCCCACUAUUAGCUCCAAUUAUGCGGGAUCGUAGAACUAUGACUGUACCUAUAAUUGAUGGAAUUGACCAUAACAACUUUGAGUAUCGACCAGUCUAUACGUAUGGGCACUAUUUUCGUGGUAUAUUCGAAUGGGGUAUGUUAUACAAAGAAAAUGAACUUGGUUACAAGGAAUUAUCAAAACAAGAAUAUCCAACGGAACCAUAUAAAAGUCCUACUCAUGCAGGAGGAUUAUUCGCAAUCGAUCGUAACUACUUUUUAGAAAUUGGUGCAUACGAUCCAGGACUAUUAGUAUGGGGUGGAGAAAACUUUGAAUUAAGUUUCAAAAUAUGGCAAUGUGGUGGAAGCAUUGAAUGGGUACCAUGUUCCCGUGUGGGCCAUGUUUAUCGAGGAUUUAUGCCGUACAACUUUGGUAAAUUGGCGAAAAAGAAGAAGGGUCCUUUGAUUACUAUUAAUUAUAAGCGAGUAAUUGAAACAUGGUUUGAUGAUAAGUAUAAACAAUAUUUCUACACUCGGGAACCUUUAGCUCAAUUUUUGGAUAUGGGCGACAUUUCCGAACAAUUGGCACUUAAAGAAAAAUUACAGUGUAAGAGUUUUGAUUGGUUUAUGAAGGAAGUUGCUUACGAUGUAUUUGAUAAGUUCCCUGAACUUCCUCCGAAUCUCCAUUGGGGUGAACUACGUUCGGCCGCAAAUGAUCGGUGUUUCGAUACAAGUGGAAAUGGUCCACCAGCUCUAAUGUCUUUGCAUUAUUGUCAUGGAUUAGGUAACAAUCAAUUGAUACGUUUAAAUGAAAAAGGUCAAUUGGGAGUGGGUGAACGAUGCAUUGAAGCAGAUAAUCAAGGUAUUAAAUUAGCAUUCUGUCGAUUGGGUACGGUGGACGGACCUUGGGAUUAUGAUGAAAUUAAUAAAACCUUAUAUCAUCGAGUUUAUCAAAAAUGUAUAGCGCUACAUCCGCAAACGGGACAUUUAUCGUUAAUGCCUUGCGAUAACAAUAACACGUAUCAACAAUGGAUUUUCAAACAAAUCAGACCCAACUAUAGAUGAAAUUAUUAAAUUUUUUUAUAUGAAAAUCGGUUUGUACUUUAAAGUAUGCAGAAGCUCAAAAUUUCUGAAAGAACUAAUAUUUCCUAAAAUUUAUUUAAAUUAAGUAAUUUAUGCGUUUUUUAAUUUAAAAUCUAAGUUAUUUACUACCUUUUUAUAAACCGUGACUAGACACCAGUAUAUUAUUAAAAAAUU